AUGAAUGCGAAGCGAGUUUUUAUUCCUCUACUUUUUGGGCUUCUUUUUUUUGUAGCCAUACUAUCUGCAUAUAAUCCAGACGCUCAACUCAAAAAAGACAUGCUUCCACAGGAAGAUAUCAAGCGCCUACUUAAGGCCACGCAGCAUCUUCUCAGAGUAGCCGAGAGGACAGGCUGGCGCCCAUGCUUAGAGGGACUUAUGAACUAUUUCGUUUCAAAAUUUCUUCCCUCUGAAGAUGGAAGCAACACCAUGGAAAAAGAUUUUUUUUCUAGAAAUAAUGACCCCGGGCUCUAG